AUACUUUUAGGCUUUCGUAUCUCUCGUUCUGGCGAUGGCGCUCACUGGAUCGAAAUGGUCGCCGUCGCCAAUGCUGUGGGAGCUCCAGCAGCGCAAGCUCGUCUCUCCCGCCUCGAGGCAGUGCAAAGCUGCCGCUAGCAAGCAAGAACACACUGGAAGAAGCACAAAUCAGCAAGAUUACUAUGAAAUUCUCGGUGUUCUUCCAGGUUCCAGCAUGGAAGACAUCCGCAAGGCGUAUAGAAAUCUCCAGAAGCAGCAUCAUCCAGACAUUUCCGGAUCAAAGGGCCAUGCAAUGACUCUCAUGUUAAACGAGGCCUACCAAGUUCUAAGCGAUGAACGUUUGCGUUCCAAGUAUGAUGCUUCGUUGCCUCACUUGGCGUCAACUAGAACGAUGAAUUACUACUACUCCAAGCCUUCGUUUACUGGAUCCAUGUAUAGUACCUGGAAUGGGCCGGACAGGCCACAAGGCAUCUUUGUUGACGAGAAUGCGUGCAUAGGCUGCCGAGAAUGCGCGUUUGCCGCAAAAAAUACUUUUCUUUUCGAUGAAUCCACUGGUUGUGCCCGUGUCAAAGCACAAUGGGGUGAUGCGGACGACACUGUCAAAGUGGCGAUACAAACUUGCCCCGUGAAUUGUAUUCACUGGGUCGAGCGAUCUGAUCUACCGAUCUUAGAAUAUUUGAUUCGUCCACAGCCGAGGCCUAGCAAUGGAGUAUACGGCGGUGGAUGGGAGAGGCCCUCCAACAUCUUCAUGGCUGCAAAGGCUUUCAAGCACCAGCACCACAAAUCACAGCAGCAGGAUAAAGAUUCAAGCUCGAAUAUGUCCGAGACUCCAGCACAAAGAAAAGCUCGGAUGGACGCAGAUUUAAAGCUGAAAAUGGGACCGUUCUGGAGCAUGUUUGCAUGGAUGAAUGGCAACGCUUCGUCCGGGACAAGGCGUUCCAACGCUGCUGGAAGCGUAAAGUCCGAAAGGAGGAGACCUCUGUUUGGGAAAGCUUGCACCUCCGAGAUUUUCAGCCAUCGCAUUGCACUGGCAGAUAAAGCAAAGACUGUUGCUAUGAUUCAAGAGUGGGCCAUCAAUUUCGCAUCGUCCAGCGAGCUUCCCUUGCCGAUGCCUUUCCAAGCGGACUCGAACGAAAAUGGCGUGCAACUCAAGCUAAUCUCCACUGGCGAUGGAGUCUUAAAGUCGAUCGGUUCUUUCCUAGUGACCUGCGAGAUUCAAGAGCCAGUAAGUACUCCUCAAGAACAAAAAGAACAAGGAGGAAGCGAUCAGUCACAACCCGAGUGCUUCGUUUGCAUCACUCGGCUUGGUUCCACGACAACAGGCCCACUCCCCGGUGAAUCCAGGAUCGUCAAACUUGUAAGAGAUUUACUUCUCCAGCGGGAUUCUUCGUAUGCUUCAUAUCGCAUUCCUCUCUCUGUCUAAAACGAAGGAUCUAGCAACCGUGUAUAUAUACCAACACUGCGUUAGUAUUAAACAAAGAUUAAGUGGAAACAAAAUUAAACUUGGACUA